GAUGCUUUGAAUAAAAUAUUACAAUUAUUUGCAUUUUACAUUAAAUCGUAAUGAAACCAUGCCACUACUGACCUAUUGCCCCGUAGGUAUAAAUUCCAACAAAAAGAUAAACGAUUUCUAAUUUUCUCGUUAGUGUCGAGACGUGUGCACGGUGUCUUCUGCCUAAUGCCUAUUAUGCUACGGAUCUACGACCAGUGUUGUUGUUCGUCCGAGUGUGCAGUCAACACCAGUCGAUAAGUUCUUAAACGGAUUUCAAUUUUUUUUGUUUGAGGUUAUAUAUUAUUAUGAAGUUGAUUUUCAAGUCGCUGGGUACAGUACCCUUACGGCGAUUUCUAUCAACCGUACCCAAACCAUUAAACCCUGUACAAGAAGCUGCCCUCGAAGAACGCUGUAUUCUUGUUGAUCAACAUGACCAAGAAUGCGGCUUCGCCAGUAAACGAGACUGUCACAGACUAGUAGACGGAAAACUUCCAUUACACCGUGCGUUUAGUGUAUUUUUGUUCAAUACCAAGGAUGAACUAUUAUUACAACAGCGGUCAUCAACCAAGAUCACUUUCCCAGAUCAUUAUACAAAUUCUUGUUGCAGUCAUCCGUUGUAUGAGAUUGAACACGAGCGUAAAGACUUAGAAGGCGCUAAAGCCGCUGCAUGUCGCAGACUUGUGUUUGAAUUAGGAAUUCCUUCAAGCCAGUGUCAACCUGAAGACUUGCAAUAUAUAACCAGAAUAAGGUACAUGUCCGAAGGAGAUGGGACUUGGGGCGAACACGAAAUUGAUUAUAUAUUUAUUUUGCACAAAGACGUUGCUUUGGACCCCAAUCCAGAUGAAGUGAGUACUGCCCUGUAUAUCCCCAAAUCAAAAAUGAAUAAUUUCUUAAAGAACUUAAGACAUCCAAUUACACCGUGGUUUAAUCUAAUUGCACAAAACGAAUUGACAAACUGGUGGGACAAUUUGAGAUCUCUGGAGAAAGUCAUGAACCAUAAAAAAAUUAUUAGCUAUUAAACAUUUUUCUACUGUGGGAAAUAUUAAUUAAGAUUGGGACUAUAUUAUAAACAUUUGUACUGUUUAAAGUAUGGAAAUUAGAUCAACAUUGUUAUUAUUUUAAUUAUAUUAUGUUAUGACACUAUUGUUCACAUAUUAUAUACAUACAUUUUGGUUUUAUAUUUUUCAACUCAUGAAAUUUUUCUAAUAUUAAUACAUAUAAAAGAAUCAAAUGUUCAACAUCGAAUUUUUAACGCUUAAGAUAUUUUAUUGAAACAUUUGUUUGAAAAAAAAUACGGGUUAAUGUUCAAAAUUUUGUAUUACAACAGAUUUUUUAUAUAUAUUUGUGUGUUGUUAAUGAUUAUAAAAUUAGUAGAAAUGAAUAAAUUUUAAAUAUUGUUACGAAAAAAUACGUUUUGUUUUCUUUGAAGAAUAUACUUUAUUCUCUAAUCGAUUUAGUAGCAUUUUAUACCUACUUAUAACAUACGAUGUUCUGAUUAAAAAAAUUAUGUUUUAAGCUUCUUAAACUUAACAUUGCAUAUUUCGGAAUAAACAAUUACGUCAUCUUUGAUGAAAAAUUAGUUUAUAAUAAAUAUAAAUAAUAUUUUGGUUUAUCAUUGUAAGAUAUAUUUUAAAUAUAUCAACCCUUUUUCUUGUUGUAAUAAACAUUCAUAACUCGUAUAUUAUUUUUUUUUUUAUUAUAGAAUGAUGUUAGUUAAAAUGUUUUUUAAGUGUUUGAAUACAAAUAAAUAGUUAUAUUAAGUGUGGAAAGCAAAGAUAAAAUAAAAUAAAAUUAUAUAUAUAGUUAACGUAACAAAAAAAAUAGUAAUUGAAAAAAAAAAGAUAAAAUUAAUUUUUACACAGAUUCUAGAAGUGGUGAAAACAAACAAUAACAUUUACCAGAACCUAAUUGACGUAAUUAAAUAAAAAUUAAAUUAUAAUUGUAUAAUAUGUUUACACAUUAUAUUAAUAUUCAUACUCGGUAUGUUUCUAAAUUAAAAGUUUUGUUUUAACUACGUAUCAA